AUGUCACAGGCUUGUCGCCUGUUCCACACCAUAUACAACCCUCAGCUCUACUCAAUAUUUGCGAAUAGUUGCGAACCCAAUAUUCUGCGCCUUGUGCAGACCGGCAAUUCAGAUGCUCUACAAAAGCUAGUAUCUGCUGGUUACAGGUUGUUUGAUUUCCUGGAAACACCAGAAUUCUGGUGGAAGGAACGUGGCUGCUACGUUGGUUAUAAACUCGAAUCGAGGUCGCCCAUGAUGAUCGCAGCAGGAAAUGGUCAUGUGGAGAUUCUUCAGAUAUUUAUUGACAACCUGCCUUCAAUUAUCACAAGGUCUACUGUUCGAUCCUCACAUCUUUUGAGCCACGCAGCCCUGUGUGGUCAGUUGGAUGCAGUCAAGUUCCUAAUAUCUCAGGGGGGCUCAUUGGACCAUAUUGACAUGAGGAUGACUCUAACAAUACUCCAAUCUGCGAUUAUGGGUGGGCAUUUGCCGAUGGUUAAGUAUCUAGUUGAGGAGAGUAAAUGCAAAGAUCAAGAUUCAGCAUUUGAUCUCCUUCAUUCUGCCACAGCAGCAGGCCAUUUGGAGAUUGUUAAAUAUCUGAUCAAACGCGGUGCUGAUUUUACCCAUCCACCUUCAGGCUAUGUCUCCGAAUAUGGCCAUCCUUCGGCUCUUGAGACAGCAAUAAAAAUGGGCUACGAAGACAUAGUAUUAUUCUUCCUAGACAAUACACCUCCCGAACUUAUGGAAGCUAUGAGCACCAUCGGCUGGGAGUCAAUGUUGAAAACUUGUCACCGUGAUGUAUUCCCACCCCCUUGGCCAUCUCCAUGGAGAAACCCACACAUUACCCAGACGAUAUUGGCCCGAAUCGAUCUUGAAACACGACUCGCAGCUACUACUCCACUUGAGCAAUCCAACCUGCUUGCUGUAGCAGCAGAGACUGGAGACAUGUCUCUGACUCAAAGAUUGAUUGGCAAGGGGUGUAGGCCUAUCUUGUCUCAAAUGAGACAUACGCCCGUGUCCCGUGCAGUGAAUAACGGACAUGCCGAAAUUAUAGAAACAUUUCUUCGUUGCCCAGGGUAUCUGGUUUCUGAACAGGAUGUUUCUUCUGCAGCAAAAAAGGGCGAAACGGCCAUUCUGCUCAGCCUUCUCCACAAAGUUGGAAAAAAGGACUUCAAGAGACUCGGCAAAGUUGCAUUGAAUGCGGUGUGUUAUUCAGACAAGUUUAUACUCGCGAUGCAAAGCACUUUUGAGAUUCUCACCGACCAAGACGUGGAGGCCUUGAUUUCGAUGGUGACAAGCUCCACUGGCCCUCAAGCUUCGUGUGCAGGCCACGUGGAAGCUACCAAAUUCUUAGUUGAGAAAGGGGAUAUCCAACCAUUUGACAAGAUACCCACAUACUUUGACAUUCUCAAACGAGCUUGGGAAGAACCUAGUUCGUACCUGGAGCACGCGGCGGCCGUUUGCCCUGUUGCUCAAUUCCAAGCAGCACUUGCACAAUGGAAUUUUGAGCUUGAUCCAGACAACAGUUAUUGCAAAGCUGCCCUUGUUGCCGCUACGCUUAACAAGAAAGUAGAAACAAUUCAAUUAUUUGCUGACAAGGGUUUUGAUGUUACUUCCACAUACAUGCACCGCGGGGAGCUCUCGCCAUUGCUACACCUAGUUGUGAAAACACUGAGAGACGAAAAUGGCCGGGUCAUUGACGUGGAUGGUGAACACGCGCAAUUACGACAGUCUUAUCAGCCCAAUGGGCAUCCAUGGUUGGAUCACAUACUUCCAUGCGCAUCAGUACAGUUUCUCAUGGAACGUGGUGCUGAUAUCAAUCAAUUGGACUCAUAUGGCCGUACUGCUCUGUUCCUGACUACAAAACUCAGGACACUAGUCUUGACAAAAGAGCUUCUAGGACUAGGAGCAAACCCCCUGCUCAAGAACCCGGGGACUGUCAGUCCUCUAGAGCUAGCCAUUUCCCAGGGCCAAAUAAAAUAUGUGAAAGCCUUUUUAGAGGCCAUUAGGGCUCGUUCUUUUACUUGUGACGACUUUGUCAGUCUCAUCCCUGAUGUUCUGCCAGUGCAGACACUACCAAAUAGAUCUUUUGGUGGGCGAUUUUCCGCAUCUUCGAGUGGUCGACUAUCACAAACUCGAAUGCUUGCUCGAGAUGGUCACAUGGAAGCUACAAAAACCUUUCCACUGCCUUGCAGAGAUAUAGAUAGGCGAGACAGUGCAAGCUCGGAACACACCAUCACAGAUGAGGACACCACAGACGAGGAGAUCGCAGACGAGGAAAUCAGAGGCGGGGAAAUCACAGACGAGGAAAUCACAGACGAGGAAAUCACAGACGAGGAGAUCGCAGACGAGGAGAUCGCAGACGAGGAAACCACAGACGAGGAGAUCACAGACGAGGAAACCACAGACGAGGAACUCUUACGUGAGGUGCUUCAGACUUCGGAAGAUAAUUUCAUAUCAAUUUGGUCAGCAACCGAGGACGAUGACUGUAUUGGCGAUCUACGCUGGGUGCGGUUCUUCAUCGCGAAGGCCAUGACUCAACAUCACUGGCGAAUGAUGUACCCAGUACCAGCUUAG